AUGCCUCCCCCCGAGCCGAUCGCAUCACCGCCCGGAUACAAAUUCCCAGCGCAGAACCUGAAGCGUCGCUUGACACGGCCUGACAAGGUGCCGCUGGUGCUCGUCGCCUGCGGAAGCUUCUCGCCUGUGACGACUCUUCAUUUGCGAAUGUUUGAAUUGGCGGAGAAGUAUGUAAGGCAGAGUGACCCCGGCUUCGAAAUCGUUGGUAAUUACAUGUCGCCCUGCUCGGAUGCGUACCAAAAGGCAUCUUUAGCACCGGCCGACGACCGGAUUCAAAUGUGUAGCCUGGCCGUCGAUACAGACUCAACGGCCACCAUCACCAUAGACCCAUGGGAGACUGUACGCCUCGAUAAAUCAGGCAAGCCCCUCUAUAGCCCGACGGUAGAUGUCCUCCGCCACUUCGACCACGAAGUAAACAAUGUACUCGGCGGCAUUGAGACUCACGACGGCAUCUUCGUGAGGGCGCAAGUUAUGCUGCUCAUUGGGGCUGAUCUCGCCGUUACAAUGGCCGAUCCCAAAGUAUGGGAUCCUGCAGACAUUGACGUGCUGCUGGGCUACUACGGAGCAUUUGUUGUUGAAAGGCCCUCACAAUGCAGGACCCAGGAUGCGAUAGAGCCCCUCAAGAAAUACGACAAGAUCUGGGUAGUUCCAACAAUUAUCAACGAAGUAUCUUCAACACGAGUCCGUGCUCAAAUACAAAACGGAGAAAGAGUAGAAGAUAUACCCGAUUCCGUGUACAAGUACAUCAAGUUACACCAUCUAUACCAAAAGCAGCCCACAUCCAAUGGCACACCUAUCGAGAUACCCAACGGAAACUCAAACUAA